CUAGAUCUCUGGUUUGGUUACCAAUUCAUUCUAAACAGGACGACAACAAUAAACAACUUUUGUCGCUUUUAGACUACUUUCUUCCCACUCUUCACGAAUUGGAUUUGAAAAUGUCUUCUUCCUUAAUGCUAUUGCUAUCCCCUAAUACCUUCUUCCAAGUCAACCGCAGAAACAAUGACAGCACUGCCACAUCCAAUUUUCCAUUGAACGCGCUUCUUCCUUUCUUUCAUUGUAAAUUUAGGACACAACAGACUUCUUCGUCUUUAUGCUGCCAAUUUUGACCUUCCCCAAUAUAUAAACACUGUUUUUGAAGAAACCCCAUCUGAAAUUUUGCCCCAAUUUCAUCAUGGGUUCCUCCCAAUUCCAGUUCUUCAUCGUUUCUCUGUUUUGCUUCUUCUCUUUCAUUGUUUCUCAGCAGCCUUAUACGGGAUCGACCACUGCCGAUUGUCCCGUCGCCCACAAUUCAACUGGCAAUUUGGGUUACUUUUGCAACACCCCCAAUCGGAGUUGCCAGUCGUUCCUCACCUUCAGAUCCCGCUCUCCAUUUAACUCUGUUUCCUCCAUUUCUACUCUGUUAGGUUCCGACCCGUUGGAGCUUUCUCGAGUAAACUCCGUCAACGCCUCCGCCACUUUCCCGCCGGAGAAAUUGGUGCUUGUUCCAAUCAGUUGUUCCUGUUCGGGUCAGUUUCUUCAAUCAAAUCUUUCUUUUACUACUCGGACUGGCGAUACUUACUUUGCCAUUGCUAAUGAAACACUGCAAGGUCUCUCGACUUGCCAAACUCUUAUAUCUCAGAAUUCCAAUAUUAGUGUCACUAGUAUAAAGGGUGGGGAAAGGAUUCUUGUUCCUCUUAGAUGUGCUUGUCUCACCAAGAAUCAAACUGAUAUGGGUUUCAAUUACCUGUUGAGUUACUUGGUUGUAUUUGGUGAUACUGUUUUACACAUCGUUCAAAGAUUUAAACCAUUUGGUGCGGAUAAUGGGGCUACUCUUGAAGCCAACGAGCUUCAACUAGGUUCCACCAUCUACCCUUUCACGACUCUUUUAAUUCCCCUUAAAACCGAGCCGUCGAGCACUGGAAUGAUAGAGCCUACUUCGUCGCCGCCACCAUCUCUGCCUGCUUCACCCCCUUCGGCCACUAAAAGAACAUGGGUUUAUGUCGUCGUCGCCAUUGUAGGAGGAGUUAUUUUAUUAGCUGUAAUUGGGGCUGUAGUUUUCUUUGUUUGUGCAAGGAAAAGGAAGAAGAAAACUGAGCAUACAACUACAGAAAUUGAUAGCUUUGAAUCAACUGGGAAGCCAUCAGAGAAAAAGUUGGAUGGAGAAUCUUCUUCUAUCACUUUGGAGAGUAUAUCUAGCGCUGUUCAAUCUGUCAAAGCUUACACUUUUAAAGAACUGCAGGAUGCAACUGAUAAUUUCAGUUCAACCCAUCUGAUUAAAGGGUCUGUUUAUCAUGGCACAAUCAAUGGGGACUCUGCAGCUAUUAAGAAGAUGAAUGGAGAUGUGUCGAAGCAGAUCAAUUUACUGAACAAGACGAACCAUUCGAAUCUCAUUCGCCUUUCAGGGGUCUGUUUCGAGGAAGGACAUUGGUAUCUUGUUUUUGAGUACGCUGCUAAAGGGCCCUUGAGUGACUGGAUUGAUUCAAAUGGUAGUAGCAAUGGUAGGAUCUUAACUUGGACACAAAGAAUACAGAUUGCGGUAGAUGUCGCAACAGGGCUAAACUAUCUCCAUAGCUUCACGAAUCCACCUCAUGUUCACAAGGAUUUGAAGAUGGAUAACAUACUUCUUGAUGGUGAUUUCAGAGGCAAGAUCUCAAACUUCAGUCUGGCAAGAUCAGCGGGAUGGGAAGAAGGCGAGUUUACAUUGACAAGGCACAUUGUUGGAACAAGAGGUUACAUGGCUCCAGAAUAUCUCGAAAAUGGUUUGGUCUCUACAAAGCUUGAUGUUUAUUCAUUUGGGAUUUUGUUAAUCGAAUUGCUCACCGGGAAGGAGGUUUCGGAGUUGCACCGAAAGGAGAAUUUGCAGUUGCCUGAACUUCUUGAGAAGGUGCUUGAUGAAAAAGAUGGGAAGGAAUAUUUAAGCCACCUGAUGGAUCCUUCAUUAGAAGGUAACUUUCCCAUUGAACUUGCUGUUCUCAUGAUGAUUAUCGUCAAUCGAUGCUUGAACAAGGAUCCGUCUCAACGCCCAUCCAUGGAUGAGAUUGUUCAGUCCCUCUGUCGAAUUUUGAGCAGUUCUUUAUCUUGGGAAUUGUCAAACACUUCUGUAUGACACCUCCAAACUCAUAAUAGAGCUGAUCAGAAAUUCUGUUCUUGUCAAAUUACAGCCAUUCAUUUUAAGUAUAGGAUCUUACUGUUUCCACAUUGUAAAUGAUGUCUGAUUUUUCUACCUCAUUUUUGUAAUGCGAAGCUGUAAUAAUGUUCAUAUCUAUAUACAUCACAUCUCAAGGAAAAGCAAAACACUUCUCUUCAAUCUGUCUACAUAUAGCAAACCACACAAAAUAUUGAGUUGCCUCACCGACUUUCACAUGGCAUCAUGUUAGCCUCCGUUGCUGCUGACUGAAGAAUCCUUGUUCUUCAUAGUGAUAUCCAUGGCUGGAUCUGCUACUUCUCAACUUGAGCCUUGGUCUUGAGACUGAAAUAGAGCGCAGAGACUGCUAGAAGAUAUAUGAAUAUUUCAUCUGAGUUCUUGUUCUGAGUGAUUUAUAUAUAAUGAAGCUAAAACUUU